UUUCGCUUCCACUUUCCGGCUUUGGUGAGACAGCGCUGUCUGGACAUGGCGCUAGUUGAUGUUUGCAGGUUUCAGUACUGGAAUCAGGAUGAAAUCCUUUUCGGGGAAAAGAAACAGUUUUUGGAUAAAGGGGAUGAUUUUGCUUUCGGUGCCAGGAAUGAUGCAUUAUCCGUGCCGCUGGGUCUGGAUCCAGUGAAAUUUCUUAAACCUUAUACUGAUGGUGAUGAAGGAGUUGAGAUCAAACUCCAUCAUGGAACAACCACUCUGGCUUUUAAAUUUCAACAUGGAGUUAUGGUUGCUGUAGAUUCCAGAGCAUCUGCAGGCUCCUACGUCAGCACCCAGGAGUUCAAGAAGGUGAUUGAGAUUAACCCCUACCUGCUGGGAACAAUGUCUGGCAGUGCGGCAGACUGUGUCUACUGGGAGAGAAUGCUGGCCAAGCAGUGCAGGAUUUAUAAAUUACGGAACAAGAAACGUAUCUCAGUGUCGGCUGCCUCCAAACUAUUGGCUAACAUGGUUUCGGAAUAUAAAGGCAUGGGACUGUCGAUGGGAACCAUGAUCUGUGGAUGGGAUGACAAGGGUCCAGGCCUUUACUAUGUGGAUGAUAACGGACUGAGGCUGUCUGGCAAUAUGUUUUCCACUGGAUCAGGUUGCAGUUAUGCAUAUGGUGUUAUGGACAGUGGAUAUAAAUAUGAUCUCUCAGUGAAGGAGGCUUAUGAUCUGGCACAGCGUGCUAUUUACCAUGCCACCCACCGGGAUGCCUAUUCUGGAGGCACAGUUAACAUGUACCAAAUGAGAGAAAAUGGGUGGAUCAAAGUGUCUCAGGAAGAUGUUGGUGUUCUGCACCACAGGUAUGCUGCAGAGGCACAAUGAGCCAGCAACUGAACAGAACCAACUACUUCUACUGAAUCAGCAGAGGAAGUUUUGUGGCUUCCUAAAGUCCUGUUGUAUUUGUGAAUUUAAAAUAAAAUGAAACAUAAAUAUAA